GAGCAGCUGAAGGUCCGCUCCGGAGCCCGGGCUGUCCUCUCGCGCGCGGCGCUGGCCAGGGCGGCGGCGGCGAAGGAGGAGGAGGAGGAGGAAGGCGGCUGUGGCGGCGGCGGCGGCAGCGGCGAGAGAAGAGGGGAGGACGGGGGCGGCGUCGGACUGGAGCCGAGCGGCGGCGCGAGCUGCCCGGGGCGCUGUCGUGAGCUCGCCCGCCGGGCCUCCACCCCCGAGCUACACCCUGCCGUGCCCAGCUCUGCCCGCGUCCGUGCCCCCGCGGGGAGCGCGCCGGGGCUGCCCCCCGAAUGACGGGCGGAAGGUUCGACUUCGACGAUGGCGGCACCUACUGCGGCGGCUGGGAGGAGGGCAAGGCGCACGGGCAUGGCAUCUGCACGGGGCCCAAGGGCCAGGGCGAGUACUCGGGCUCCUGGUCGCACGGCUUCGAGGUGGUCGGAGGCUACACCUGGCCCAGCGGCAACACCUACCAGGGCUACUGGGCGCAGGGCAAGCGGCACGGGCUGGGGGUGGAGACGAAGGGCAAGUGGAUGUACCGGGGGGAGUGGUCACAUGGCUUCAAGGGGCGCUACGGGGUUCGGCAGAGCCUGUGCACCCCCGCUCGCUACGAGGGUACCUGGAGUAACGGGCUGCAGGACGGGUACGGCGUGGAGACCUACGGGGACGGAGGUACCUACCAGGGCCAGUGGGCCGGCGGCAUGCGACACGGCUACGGCGUGCGCCAGAGCGUGCCCUACGGCAUGGCCACGGUGAUCCGCUCGCCGCUGCGCACGUCGCUGGCCUCGCUGCGCAGCGAGCAGAGCAACGGCAGCGUGCUCCACGACGCCGCGGCAGCCGCCGACAGCCCGGCCGGCAGCCGCGGGGGCUUCGUGCUCAACUUCCAUGCAGACGCCGAGCUCGCGGGCAAGAAGAAGGGCGGCCUCUUCCGCCGCGGCUCCCUUUUGGGAAGCAUGAAACUGCGCAAGUCCGAAUCCAAGUCCUCUAUCUCCAGCAAGCGCAGCUCGGUCCGCAGCGACGCCGCCAUGAGCCGAAUCAGCUCCAGCGACGCCAACUCCACCAUCAGCUUCGGCGACGUAGAUUGUGAUUUCUGCCCGGUGGAAGACCACGUGGACGCCACCACCACGGAAACCUACAUGGGCGAGUGGAAGAAUGACAAGCGCACCGGCUUCGGCAUCAGCGAGCGCUCCAACGGCAUGAAGUAUGAAGGCGAGUGGGCAAAUAACAAGAGGCACGGGUAUGGCUGCACCGUGUUUCCCGACGGCUCUAAGGAAGAGGGAAAAUACAAAAAUAAUAUUCUGGUCCGUGGAAUAAGGAAGCAGCUUAUACCAAUAAGAAAUACAAAAACUAGGGAGAAGGUGGACAGAGCGAUCGAAGGCGCGCAAAGGGCAGCCGCCAUGGCGAGAACCAAAGUGGAAAUAGCAAAUUCAAGGACCGCGCACGCAAGAGCCAAAGCUGACGCCGCCGACCAGGCUGCUCUGGCCGCCCGCCAGGAGUGUGACAUCGCGAGAGCUGUGGCCAGAGAGCUGUCACCUGACUUCUACCAGCCAGGUCCAGAUUAUGUCAAACAGAGAUUUCAGGAAGGUGUAGAUGCUAAAGAAAAUCCAGAAGAAAAGGUCCCGGAAAAGCCACCUACACCAAAGGAAUCUCCUCAUUUUUAUCGCAAAGGCACGACACCCCCAGCGUCUCCCGAGGCAAGUCCCAAACAAGGCGGCUCUCCCUCCCCAAAGCCCGUGAAGAAGCAGAAUCCCAGCUCAGGGGCCAGACUCAACCAAGACAAAAGGAGUGCAGCCGAGGAGCAGGUGACGGCCACCGUCAAUAAGCCCUUGACCUCCAAGGCUCCCACGAAGGAGGUGGGAGCGGCUGUGCCCCACUCCAGGUACUCUGGCCGUCACCACGUCCCUAACCCCAGUAACGGGGAGCUGCACUCUCAGUAUCACGGCUACUACGUGAAACUGAACGCCCCCCAGUACCCCCCGGAGGACGUGGAAGAAGAGGAAGGGCCAAGCCAGUCUUCCUCGGCGCUGGUGCACAAGCCAUCGCCCAACAGGUGGAGUCCCCCUAAAUCUGUGACAAAACCAGUUGCCAAAGAAAGCAAAGCUGAGCCAAAAGCUAAGAAGUCUGAACUUGCUAUACCAAAGAACCCAGCAAGCAACGAUUCGUGCCCUGCUUUGGAAAAAGAAGCCAAUUCGGGCCCUAAUUCAAUCAUGAUUGUCCUCGUCAUGCUGUUGAAUAUCGGGUUGGCCAUUCUUUUUGUCCACUUUCUAACUUGAUUGGAAUUAGGAAAAGCAGCCCCAUCCGGCGAAGUUCCUGGCAUUGGCUACUCCAUCUGUCCUAGCAGAGUGUGACUAAACUGGAAAUGUAUGGAGCUGCAUUUUUUUUUUUUUUUUUGAUGGAAGUCAACAGCUGCCUUACUAUUUUACCAUCUGACGAUUCUAGUAGGGAGCUGGGGAAACAAACGACUGCCCGAGGAAUGCGGUCGGAGGAUUGUGUUGCUGUGGCCGUGGUUCCAGCAUUCACUCCUGUCUCAUUAGAAGAAGUAGGUAGCCGCAUCACUCACCAGUCUUAUGCCAUGACCUGCUGCUUUCUCAUCUCCUGGAACGUCCCGGGAGAGAAGGUUUCGUUGGCUUGUGCACGAUUAUGUUCAUUUCUGCUGUUUAUUUAAAUCCGAUGUAUAGUCAUCUUCAACAUGCGGUCCCGGCUGGCUGAAGCGCACAUGUGUCGCAUCUCAAGGAAAAGAAACAACAGAAUGCUAGAGAAAAUGUGUUUAUUUUGAUAGCAAUACAUCAUUCUUCGUGUCGUUUAGUCUUCCUAAACCUGUAAAAGGCUAUUUAAAAGUUAGCAAUUUGAAAGGCAUUACACCUACCUAAAAAUAAUUUAACUUUAAACAUUUUUAACACUACUGAGAUGAAUUAUUUACGCACUUAGGAGGUGCUAAAUUUUAAAAGCUGAAACACGAGAGAAUUCUAAGAAGUAGAGUCAAAAUGUUGCAUGGAUUGCAGUAAUCGGUGUUUAAAGGAUUCAGUUUCAUUGCUGACGUACUUUGCCAACCAAAUAAAAUCUUGUCAGUAGCUAUGUUAAUUCCCAUGAAAGUUAAGCAAGAUGCUAUUAAUAACUGCUCUUUUUUUUUUUU